GGGUGGGGGGUGUGGAUGUUCUAAAUAGGUGGGACCGAAACCACUCCGUUUCCUGGAAACUUUGUUUUCCCUUUCUUCCCCUCCACCAUCCCGGGCCGCGGGGGUGUGAGCAGUGGCGGGCGCGGUAUAAAUGGAACGAGCGGCGGGGCUGGGCGGCAGGCGGCGAGGGGCAGCUUCCCCGGGACCAGGACACCAUGGCCGAAGAUCUGGUGCUGGAGACAUGGGACCUGCAAUGUGAGCGCAAUGGCCGGGAGCACCGGACGGCGGACAUGGGCUGCCAGCAGCUGGUGGUGAGGCGGGGGCAGCCCUUCACCAUCACCCUGCACUUCUCGGGCAGAGCCUACGAGGAAGGGGUGGACAAACUUGCCUUCAACGUCGAGACGGGGCCCUGUCCUGACAAGACAUCAGGAACCAGGUCCCACUUUGCUGUGACUGACUUCCCGGAUGAGUCGAGCUGGAGCGCUGUGGUCCAGCAGCAGGAUGGGGGCUCCCUCUCCGUCUCACUCUGCUCCCCUACCAGUGCCUGCAUCGGCCGCUACAGCCUGAUACUGGAGACCUCCACCGGCUACCAGGGCACCAGCUGCCACAUCGGGGACUUCAUUCUGCUCUUUAACGCCUGGCACCCAGGGGACACAGUUUUCCUCCAAGACGAGAACGAGCGCUAUGAGUACGUGCUGUCCCAGCAGGGACUCAUCUACCAGGGUUCCCGUGACUACAUCACUUCCACCGCCUGGAACUUUGGCCAGUUUGAGGAUGACAUCUUGUCUAUCUGCCUCAAGAUGCUGGACACUAACCCCAGAUUCCUGAGGGACCAGAACCGGGAUUGCUCCCGCCGCAACAACCCUGUGUACAUUGGCAGGGUGGUGAGCGCGAUGGUAAAUUGUAACGAUGAGGACCGGGGUGUGCUGGCGGGGCGGUGGGACAACCAUUAUGAAGAUGGGAUGAGCCCAAUGGCCUGGAUUGGGAGCGUGGAUAUUCUUAAGAGGUGGAAGAAAUUUGGGUGCCAGCCAGUCAAGUACGGCCAGUGCUGGGUCUUCGCUGCUGUGGCAUGUACCGUCAUGCGGUGCCUGGGGAUCCCCAGCCGAGUGGUGACCAACUACUACUCAGCCCACGACACCAACGGCAACCUGGUCAUCGACCGCUACCUCAACGAGAUGGGGGAGGAAGUCCAGCACUCCAAGGACAUGAUCUGGAACUUCCACUGCUGGGUGGAGUCCUGGAUGGCUCGUCCAGACCUGGCACCUGGCUAUGAUGGGUGGCAGGCGCUGGACCCAACCCCCCAGGAGAAGAGCGAAGGGGUUUUCUGCUGCGGGCCAGCCCCUGUCAGAGCCAUCAAGGAGGGCGAUCUGCAGCUGAAGUACGACAUCCCCUUCAUCUUUGCGGAGGUGAAUGCUGACGUGGUGUACUGGGUAGUGCAGCGUGAUGGGUCACAUAAGAAGACCAUCCACUCCUCGGUCGUGGGGAAGAACAUAAGCACCAAGAGCGUGGGCAGGGACAGCAGGGAGGACAUCACCCACACCUACAAGUACCCAGAGGGGUCUGAAAAGGAGAGAGAAGUGUUUGUGAAGGCAGAGCACAAGACAAAAUCUCUCAGGGAGGAGGAUGAGGGAUUGCACCUCAAGAUCAAGCUGUCAGAGGGUGCAAACAAUGGCUGUGACUUCGACGUCUUUGCCGUCAUCAACAACAACACAGAGACGGAGCGGGUCUGCAGGCUCAUGCUGUGUGCUCGAACCGCCAGCUACAACGGCACCAUCGGGCCCCAGUGUGGCAUGAAGGACCUGCUCAACGUCACCCUCACAGCCCAGGAAGAGAAGAGAGUGCCCCUGCGCAUCCUGUACAAGGAGUACAGGGAGAACCUGACCCACGACAACUUCAUCAAGGUGGUGGCUCUCCUGACUGAGUACCAGACUGGUGACAUUGUUGUGGCCAUGAGGGAUGUCUACAUCCAGAAUCCAGAGAUCAAGAUCAGGAUCUUAGGGGAGCCGAUGCAGAAUCGGAAGCUGGUGGCAGAGAUCAGCCUGGUGAAUCCCCUCACGGUCCCCCUGAACAACUGCAUAUUCAUGGUGGAGGGCACUGGCCUCACCAACGGGCAGCAGACCAAGGAGCUUGAGGAGCCUGUGGAGCCGCAGGCAGAGGCCAAGUUCAGGGUGGAUUUCGUGCCAUCCCAGGCGGGACUGCACAAGCUGCUGGUGGACUUUGAGAGCGACAAGCUGAUGGGAGUGAAGGGCUACCGCAACGUCAUCAUUGCACCCCAACCCAAGUGAGCAGCCUCCGUGCCCCCCCGCUGCAGCAACCCUGCCUCCCCACCCGCUUGGGCCUCACCAGCCCCACCACUUGCUUUAGCCCAAGACAGUCCCAGCAGCACAUGGAAGGACAACUGCAGAAGCCCAGUGUGACCCCAAUGCAGCAGCUGCAGUGCUGCAUUCCUCCUCAAGAGCACUCAGUGCUGUGGGGACAGAAGUGACAGGAGGAGGGACAGGCUGGGGGCAUUCAGGGGCUUCCUGUUGCAGCCACUCGCUUCACCUUUCCCUCACCCUGCAGGGUGGAAACGGCCCCAGACUGCCUGUCCCCCAGCCUGGGCUCAGCAGGGCCCCCCCUGAGCCCAGCACAGCUGGGCAGUGGGCCUUCCCCUCCUCUUCCUGCAGCACUGACAGCCUUGGGCCGCAGAGCAGAUUUCAUAAACUGAGCAGCAGAACAAACUACUUUAGCACUGAAUGCACCUCAGCCAUGCUCAUGCGUGCUGUUAUAAUUCUCUAAACAGUUUGGUAAAGAUUGUAUACUGUGAGCAUAAAGAUGUUUAUACGCUGUAUACAACAAAAAUCUAUUUGUAGCUAUAUAAAUACAUACUGCUUACAGAAUCAUUAAGGUUGGAAAAGACCUCUAGGAUCAUCAAGUACAACCAUCAACCCAACACUACCAUGCCUCCUAAGCCAUGCCCUGAAGUGCCAUGUCCACACAUCUUUUAAAUACCUCCAGGGAUGGUGACUCUACCACCUCUCUGGGCAGCCUCUCCCAACAUCUGACCACUCUCUCAGUAAAGAAAUUCUUACUAAUAUCCAAACUAAACCCCCCCCCGAUGCAGCUGGAAGCCAUUUCCUCUUGUUCUAUCACUAGUGACCUGGGAGAAGAGACCAGUAUAACCCUACUGCACAGCUAAAAGCAGGGUAUUCACCUUAAUAAUUGUUCCCAUCACUGCAAACACUGCAGUGAGGGAUGGGAUGUUACCUUGAUGUGAAUUAACUAUGCAAGCACUGAAUGAAAACUUUAUUUUUCACUUUUAAAACCA